GUCAACAAAGAAAACUCGGAAAUGGCUUCUUUUUGAAACUUGUGAUGACUUCUCUUUCUAGUUGGUUUCCGCGGAGUUGGUUUAUUUAACCGCAGCGCAAAAGUGCGGCCGUUAUAAAAACUGCAUUGUGGAUCACGGUGCGGUGUUUGGAGGUCAGGCGCUGCUUGUUUCGUGAAUAAAAACCCAAAAAUGCCUGGUGAAGACCGUCCGCUGUCGAACGUCAAUGUUGUGCUUGUCAUGGCUUACGGGAGUUUGGUGUUUGUUCUGCUGUUCAUUUUUGUGAAAAGGCAAAUUAUGAGAUUUGCGAUGAAAUCCCGCCGAGGACCUCAUGUUCCCAUUGGCCACAAUGCUCCUAAGGAGCUGAAGCAGGAAAUUGAAGCCAAACUGAACCACGUCCAAAAAAUCCACUUUGAGCCCCGAUUGCUGUCGCCAGAUGACCACAGAUUAACCCAGUCUGGUGGCUGCGACUACUUGUACAGGAUGAGGGCGCUGGAUUCCAUCAGAGACACUGAUUUUCCCUUCGCUGAGUUGGGUGGAACGUCCACGGCGGUCACUGCCAAAACCUUCCGAGCUUGGCUUCUGCAACUGAGAAACUCCCACGGCCUUUUCAGAGAUAGUGGAAGUUCUCUGAUCGACACUGUGCUGGACGGCUACAACAGAGCUCGAUAUAACGCUGAGACAUUCAAUGAAGCAGAAUUCCAGAGGUUUCGAGAAGCUCUGAAUGAACUCGCUUCUUUUGUGAAGUCUCACGGCGGCAUCACAGAGCACCGGUUUCACCAGUCGGCAGCCAAAGACCUGACCCACACCGCAGAGUCGGCAGGCUCCUCCACAUCCCCCACCCAGAGCACCUACCUCACAUCUGCGGCGCAGCAGCGCAGUAAACGGCCCAGGAAUUUCUUGGAGCUGAAGAAUUUCAAAGAUAACUACAACACUCUGGACAGUUCCUUCUGAACCGUGAUUCCUCCAGCACUGAACGUUCCAAAACCUGACAGCUGCAAACUGUGACGUGAUUGUUACCUUCCAAGCUGUUGCCUUAUUUAUUGCAUUUAGAAAUGUAUUUAUCUUACACUGGGCCGAGGAGCUUGAAGGUUUCAUAACAAUACAUUUUUAAAAAAAUAUUAUGCAGCAUUUUAUGGGUGCAUGUCACAUCACUAUACAGCGCUGUAGCAUGACACAGCAUUGUAGCCUUCGGCAGCAUUAUAACAAGUUUGACCAUAAAACCAUGGCGUUAUGUAUAGUGCACUGUUGUGCUGACAGUGUACUGCACACUGCAUGUGGCAUGACUUUAUUGUAACAGGAGGCAGCCUUGUAUCACCACCAGCUAGUAUGAUGCAGCAGGAUUUCAAAUGUAAUGCCUUGUUAAACCAGUGUAGGAGCAUGUCUGUUCACUCAGUCAGACGUUUUGCAUCUGUAAUAGUCAUUUUUCUAAUCUGUUAAAGUGAUUAGGUUGUAAAAAACGUUAUCAAGAUGUCUGACAAUACUUCUAUUGAUGCUAUACUCAUUUAUAAUGUGUUCUUUGACCUUGACCAAAUCAAGUAUCACAGCUUUAUCACAUGAUUUAAAGUCCUGUAACAUUAUGUAACACAAGACAAUCACUGUUAACUAGAAGCAUUCUUUAUUUAAUCUGCUGUAUGUCUCUUGAAAGUCUCUAAACUGGUUUGUAUCAAAGCCAUAUUUUUUUAAAUCAAGCCUUUUUAUGAAUAAGUGCAAUUUAAAAUCAGCUUUUAUAACCGCAUUGCCUUCCAAACAGUAUUCCAGUGUAUUAAACAUUUUCACUGUGAAAUAUUGCGAUUUUUUUUUCUUUGCCUAUGACCUCAGCCAGAACGUUUGCCAUUUUUUUUCUCACAGAUUUGUCAGUAAUCUACUUUAACUAUGUGACA